GUGGAAACCAAAACAUUAUGGUGGCGGAUAAGCGGAAGCUGCUGGAUUUUCUUCAAUCCUGUGAUAUAUCAGAUGAAGCGUCUAGGAAAAUAGAAAAUUUCAUCUGCGAAAACUACGACCAAAAAGAGAAACCUAAAAGAAAACCACUAUUUUCUGUUGGAGAAGAUGAUGAUUCAGAAGAAUACGUAUCUCCAAUAAAAGAGACCUGUGAAACUGGAACUCAAUGCAAACGAGAUGUGGAAUAUCCCGAAAUUGAAUCGGGUAAUCGAAGUUUAGACGAAAUUAGCAGAGAAUGGAAAGAAUGCAAAGAUGUGACUCCAGGUGAAGCAGUACGACUAUUAAGGCGAGGUCAAGCAAAAUCAAGAGAGCUUGAAAGCAGGUUUCCUGCAGAGCAAGCUAUUCCAAUUCGACGAACUUUUAUUAAUAAAAAGUUUGAAAAUCUUCCUUAUCUUGGUUAUGAUUACACUUUGGCAACCGAAUGCUGCUGCGAAAACGUUAUUGGAUAUACGCCGGUUCCUGUUGGAGUGGCAGGACCAUUAACUCUCAACGGAACGUCAGAAAUCUACGUUCCAAUGGCAACGACAGAAGGAGCACUGAUUGCAUCCACAAAUCGUGGAAUGAAUGUUAUAAGAGCUGCAGGAGGUGUUGAAACUUCUAUUUUUAACUCUGGAAUGACCAGAGCACCAGUUGUUAAAUUUCCAACGGCGAGAGAUGCUGUUUCUAUGAAACGCUGGCUGGAACACCCUGAAAAUCAAGAUCGGGCUCGUCAAGAGUUUCAGUCGUGCAGUAGAUUUGCUAAACUAAAGUCUAUCGAUAUUACAAUUGACGGAAAUCUCGCUUAUCUUCGUUUCGAUGCUCACACUGGCGAUGCAAUGGGAAUGAAUAUGAUCUCAAAAAGCUGUGACUCUACAAUGAGAUUCCUAAUGGAAAAUUUCCCUGAAAUGACCGUUCUAGCUUUGAGUGGAAAUCUCUGUGUGGACAAAAAAGCUGCCGCAAAGAAUUGGACGGAAGGACGUGGAAGAUCUGUUGUUGCAGAAUGUCUAAUUCCAAGAGAAGUCGUCACAAAAACCCUUCGAACAACUCCCGAACAACUUGCUUAUCUGACAACCACGAAAUUACAUAUAGGAUCUUCUCGUGCCGGAGCAGUCGGAGGAUCGAAUGCACACGCUGCAAAUAUUGUCGCGGCUAUUUUCAUUGCAACAGGACAAGAUGCUGCUCAAGUAGUCUCUUCAUCCAUGUGCUCGACAAGAAUGGAAGUUACUGCUGAUAAGAAUUUGUAUGUGUCAUGUACUUUGCCAUGUGUUGAAGUAGGAACUGUCGGUGGAGGAACUAUUCUUGCACCACAAAGAGCAUGCCUUGAAAGUCUUGGAUGUGCUGGGCCAAAUAAGGAGCAACCUGGACAAAAUGCGGAACGUCUUGCCGAAGUUAUUGCGGCCACUGUGUUAGCUGGAGAAUUAUCUUUGAUGGCGGCUCUGACAACGAAUGAGUUGGUGUCAAGUCAUAUGAAACUGAAUAGAUCAAAACAACAAUUGUAUGCUGACGACUCUGGAAAAGCAACUCAUUUUGAAAAGGAAGUUGAAAAAGCGGGCAGCCUUCUCUCCGGAAAAAGUGGAAAUAUCAAGUUGAAGAGACUGCCACAAGAUGUUGUACAAUGUUCUAAUAUCCUCUGAUUUUUUGAAAAGCUUCUCCGUCACAUUUACAGUUAUCCUCUUCCUGCCUUAUUUGAUUUAUGUGUAUUAUUCUUGGGGUUUGUGCUUUGUUAUUUUUUUUGGUUCAAAUUUAUUCUCUACGUAUUCAUUGUGUCAAAAUGACACGACAUCACUUCCAAACAUCCCAUCCCGAUUUUAUGUAGGUUCCUGUUUAGUUAUUCAUUAAACUUGUUAAUAAGGUUCAUCAAAGUUUAUUUAGAAAUUUAGAUGCUUUUAUGAUAAAAUUUUUAAUUAUU